CCCAUUUUCAUUCUUUCUUUCUUUUUUUCUCUUUCUAUUGUUCUUUUUGCCUUCAUUAUGCGCAUACGAAACUCUACAUUACUGGUUUAUUUGUUAUCAACGACCCUAGUUACUUGCUUACCUGCUCCGUCUGCAAAACCAAUCCAUUUACCUCUCCAGCUUGUCAAGUCAAAGUCUAUUUACAAGCGUUCUGAAAGAUUGGAAUUGCCUAUCCUAGACGAUUUGGAUAUAAGCGAAAUAGGCAUUACUGUGCAAAUUGGCACACCUGCUCAAGAAUUUACUCUCCUAUUCGACACAGGAAGUGCAGACACCUGGGUACCCUCCACCAGAUGCACCGAGCUUACUGGAUGCCCUGAUGUAUUACAUCAUUACGACCCUGCAAACUCUACCACAUAUCAACCGUUGACAGAUAGACUUGAUAUCACAUACAGUAUCGGUAGUGCAGCAGGAAAUUACUUCACGGACGUUGUGUCACUGGGUGUCGGUUAUACAAUCGCGGCACAAACGAUGGCUAUGGUAGAUUCUGCAGUCGGCGCUAUAUCUACUCAGAAAAACACCAGCAAUAUCAUCCUCGACGGCAUUCUUGGUGCAGGUCUUCCUGGAGGCACUGUACGAUACUUACAAGGCGGAAGAUCGUAUGACCCAGUUCCUGUAUCACUUUAUAAAGCUGGAUUGAUCCCCAAGCCAAUGUUUUCUAUUGCGAUUGGUGAGCAAGCUGCUGGAAAAGUCGUUUUUGGAGACAUCAUUACGGAGCAAACCAACGGCGCUUUUGUCUACACGAACCUUGUCACCUUUGCAGGUAUUCUGAACACACCUCGAUGGAUGGUGAACACUUGGGGCUUCGAGUUUCAAAACAAGACUUCAUCUCGCAACUUUAAGUUUAAUCAAAGGACUCCAGUCAGCAUUGAUACAGGUUCAAAUCUUAUGUACCUACCAGCGCCUUUAGCUAAAGAUUUAGCCAACACGAUCACAUCUGGUCAUUUCCAAACCAUCUCUGGUCUCUUCCACAUUGACUGUCAAUACCAGGAAAGCACUGAUGUACUAAAGACUUAUUUCCCGGGCACGAAUGGUAGAAAUGUAUACAUCUCUAUUCCUAUUUCCAAGCUUGUAGGAAAACGUGAAAGCGACGGAAAGUGCUUCUUUUUGUUCUCUCCUGCCAACGAUAAAUUUAUCCUUGGUAACAUGUUCCUUCGCCAUUUUGUUGUUGUUUAUGAUUUUGGAAAUAGCCCUCAAAUUGGAUUUGCUCCUCUUCUAGAAGGUGAUCAACAAUCUAUCCUUCCAGAUUCAUCUUAGUAUAUUCCAUUAGAAACAACAAGAUUAUUUGUAUUUUUAAUCUAAAUAAAUAUCUAUUUAGGAGGAAACAAAAUAGAACUAAUCAAAGACAAUUCUUCCUCCCUUAAUCCACGCUCUCCUAUUCAAUGUAAA